AUGGCCGCUGAGAGUGAGGGCGAGGAAGCGACUUCUGAGGAGCCUGAAGUGCUGGGCUUGCAGCAUCGUCUCCUUAGUGAGGUUGGUUCGGAUUUUUGCAUUGGUGUCAUCAGGGCUCAGCGAGAGGGCCAGGAAGUGAGUUCUCAGCUGAUAGGGAUAGCCGAAUUGGACGGAUCAUUGUUGGUCGCAGUGCCCCACUCGGCUUGGAACCGAGUGGUUGCCAGGCGCCACCUUCCUGCCAAGUCUCUGACUCGAGCUACCCUUGUCGAGGUCGGUGCGGCUUCGGACGACGACCGCGCCGUGCCGCAUCCAGUAUGGAAGGUAAAAGUUUGGGUCGGUCUUUUGAACCCAGCUUUGAACGAUUCGGUUCAGAUCGGCUCGGAGGACGCCGGCGCCGAGAUGAUCUUCGUGGUUGCUGGCUCAGGGGCUUCGGCGGCGGGGCCGGUCCCAGCGGUGCCGUUGGCAAGCGCUCUGUUGGCGGUGGCGGGCGAGCACUUCGCCUUUGUCUCGGCUCAGGGGGAGCCUGCGGCGAGUGUGGCAGGAUCGACUGUCCCCGAGAGGCUGGACAAGGUGGAAUCUGUGCUGGGCGAGCUGCGCCAGGGGCUGGAUUCUCUGCUUCAGCGGCUCCCUCAUGGAGGAGCUCCGCCAGCCGAGGCCGAGGGCGAUCGGACCCGAGGCCGCCCGUCGGCUAUGAAGCCGAAAGUGAGCGAGGCUCCUCAUGCUCCUCAGCUACCGGCAAGAGGAAGUGCGGUGGCGGUCGGACCAGCUCUUCCAGGGCUGGACCCGGCGGUUGUAGAAGCGGCGAGGGCCGCUGGGGUGCCGGAGGCUCAAUUGCGGAGGAUGUCAAAGCUGACUCAGGAUGCGAGGAACUUGGCUCCGGAGCCCCGGGGCCGGGGCAACGACCCACUCGACGACGAGCCUUCCGAGGAGGAGGAUCCCGGCGGCGGCGCGGGGUCGAGCGACCCUGUGAAGCAGGCGGUGGUGAAGAUGAGCAGGAUUCUGGAUGUCCUUCAUCGAGACAGGAAGGCUGCGAACCUCGAGGACCUCCUCGACAAGGCGGAGGGCGGCGACGGAGGCCAAGGGAGCUCAGGCUCUCGAUCGAAGGCCGCUGCAUACAAUCGACUUCGGACCAUGUUGGUCAAAAAUCCGCAGGAGAUUUCGAAAUCGAUAGAGGAGCUCAUCGCCGAGGACUUCCUUCUGAGUCAGGGAGGGCCGGGCCAGGAGGCGGCUCGCUGUACCGUCCGGGGAUGGAUCGAACAUCGUUCACUUCUUCAGAGUUUUCCGGGUCCCAUCAGAAAUGCGUGGUUGCUCGGCGGAAUAGUCGACGCCAUAAACAGUGGCGAGGUCGAAAGAGCGAAGAGCAUGGCGCUCCUUGGGGUGGCAGCGUUGGAUCAAGCCGCCAUCGAUGGCAGCUGGGUCAUCGCCAGCGAGAUCGGCCUCGAGAGGGCGCCGCCUUUCGGCUCCUUUUCGCGCCCCCGCGUCCUCGACACAUACGAGUCGAAGCAGACAAAGAUUUUAGACUCCCGAUGGAUGAGCGUAUUAAUGGCCCGCCUCAAAGAGAGAGACUCUUUCCACACAGCGAACAAGAACCUUGGGCAGCAGAGUGGUGUGCAGCCCAGCGGUGCUGGCGGCGGAGCUCCGAACACUCCUCCUUCCGGAGGCGGGGGUGCAGAGGACAAAGGUCCCCGUCAAAGAGAAGGCAAAGGCAAGGGCAAAGACAAGAAGGGGGACAAGGAGAAGAGGGUGCGCUUUGCCGACUGUGUUCUGGCGCCGACGCCGGAGCCUGCCGACCUUGCCGUUCCCCGACAGCGGAGUUGCCGCGGCGCCCUCUUCGGGCUGGCGGUGGAGCCGCCUCUGCAUCCUCAGCUUCCACACGUGCUGCGGGGGACGUCCCUGGGUCUCGUGCUUCUCGGGCUCCUCGACGACAGCGAGCACGGACUUGGCCGAUGCCUUUGCCCUACCCGGAGCUCCACUUGCCUGGGGCCCGAGUUGGGUAUGUGGUUGGGUGCUGAAGUUAGCCCCGCCCAGCAUGCAGCCAUCGACGCUCUCUUUGAGAGCGUAGCCCUUUGGAAUGCCGAGCCUGAGGUGGGCCCAGCAGAGAUGGGUAGGUCGGCUUCUAAAGUGGAAGGCACUGAGGACCUCCUCCGUGCGCUCAGGAUGCAGCUGUCUUCUUCGCCUCCAGGUCGCGGCAAGGUCUGCGGCAAGUUGAGUUUUCAGGUUCCCUGCUACGCGCGAGCGGUGGACCCGUCUCGGCUUCGCUUCGUGGGGAUUCCUACUUUCGACCCGAUGCCUUUCCUGGAUGCUGAGACUCGUGCUUUGUACGCUCGCCCCCUGGAUUAUGUUUCGCCUUUGCCUGAAGGGAUUACUGCUCCCCGAGUGGCAGUUCGCACAAAGCCGGGCAAGACUGUUGCUUUCCUGAAGGCGUUGGACGACACAAAGCGCCUCGCUUUGGUCCCGCGCCAGGAGCUCCUGUCGGAGCAACGGAACGGCGUUUUCGCCGUGAUCAAAGACGGUCAGAGGGACAGGUUAGUCCUGGACGCUCGACCGCCCAACUUGGUCGAAGGCGGCCGUGACCGGUGGGUGGGGACGCUGGGGAGCCUUGACCAGAUCCAGCAUCUUCAUCUUCCUCCUGGCUACAUACUGAACAUCUUCACUGAGGACCUCAGAGAGUUCUAUCAUGCUUUUGUGAUCGGGGGCCAACGACUUCAUCGUAAUGCCUUAGCCCUCUGCCUCCCAGGGGAAAGCCUCGCAUCGAUGUCAGUGUGCAGCCGUGCCAUGCAUGGGUUGCAGCUUGUGCCGUGCCUGGCCACGAUGGCUAUGGGUGACACGCAUGCUGUGAAUUUCGGCCAGGCCAGUCAUCUGUCCCUGCUUCUUCGCACUGGCAAGUUGACCAUCAACGAUUUCCUCAUGCUGAAGGGGAGGCCGCGCAGGAGCCCCGAGCUUUCCGCCGGCCUCUUGAUCGAUGACUUCAUUCUGCUGGAGCCGACUCCUGUGGACCGGCCCUCUUCAUCGGAGCCCUCCCGAGGGGAGCAGAUCAUUCAGGCUGUUCGUGAGGCCUAUGUUGAAGCUGAGCUCCCUCGCCAUGAAGGUAAAGCUGAGUACAAGGUCACUCGCGCUAAAUUUUGGGGCGGCGACCUUGACGGGGAGAAAGGGCUGUUGCGGCCGAACCCGCACCGAACCAUCCCUUUAGCUCAUCUCUUGCUUGGGGCUGUGGAACUUGGUUUCAGUACUGUCGGCCUCCUUGAGACGUUCUCCGGAGGGCUUGUAUCUGCUUUUCAGGUGAGACGCCGUCUGCUCAGUGUGCUCGAUGCAGUUUACAAGGAGCAGCGCGGGCGCGAGCCGCGGGACAUCGUCCGGGUUCGCGGUGCGCUCUGCUCGGAAUUUCUUGUGGCUAGUGCGCUGCUGUGCCUCGCUGAUGCUGAUCUUCGAGCGCCGGGAGCGCCUGUGUUAAUCUUGUCUGACGCCUCGAACCAUAAAGAGGCAGCAGUCGCGGCCAGCAUUCCUGAGGGGCUGUCGCUUGAGUUGACACGUCAUGGUCUGCAAAAGGGGUUGUGGAGCCGCUUGCUCUCUCCUUACUCUGCUUACUUGCGCGGAAAGGGCGAGCCCGAACCCGAGCUCAGUGAGCUUCCGGAAGAGGAAUACAAGAGCCACCCUCUGUGGGAGCACAUGUGUUCUUUUCUCCCCUUUAGGCUUUGGGGUUCGGUCGUUAAGGUUUGUAAGCAGAGACACAUAAACCUUGGCGAGUUGAGGGCUGCCCUUCGGGCUGAGGACCGUGCUGGCAGGAUUUGGCCGGGCAGGAGGUUCCUCCAGCUCAUCGAUUCACAGGUAGCUGCCGCGUGUCUUGUGAAGGGGCGGAGCAGCAGCAGCGCCCUUAAUUGGGAACUCAAAAGGUCUCUAGGCCCCCAUUUGACCUCGCGGGUUCGCCCCUCUUACGGCUUCAUCUGUUCUGCUGCGAAUGUCUCAGAUGACCCAACUAGAGACGUCCCAAUCAGAGCUCCGGUUGGACCAGAGCCCCCGUGGUGGAAGCCAGCCUGCGACGGCGACUUCGCUGAGCUCGACGCCUGGCUCAGCGAUCGGGGGAUGCACCUUGAUCAAAUGCGGGACAUACCUGAUGUGUGUGAGCUGCUGCCGGAUGCUCCACUUGACCUACCUUCCGAGGACCCGGGGAGACUGAUGCGCAGGAACAAAGGUUCAGAGGCUUACGCUCAAGCUCUUCUCGAACGCAAGGCGAUUGGGGCUGCUGACCUCCUACAGCUUUUUCUCCGGCUUCCUCGCGAGGUUAGCGCUAGAGCGGUGUUCAAGGAGCGCCGGGGCAUCACGUUUUCAGCUGGCAUGUUCAUUCAUGGUGGAGUGGCAGGCCUCAGGAAUACUUGCUCCGAGCAUCCGCACUCGAUCUCCGCUUUUUGCCGCUACAUCAAGCUGUGCCACCCUAGCAUAAGAUUUACGACUUUUAGUGUUUUGCAGAACUCCCCCGCGAUGCCGCACGUUGACGCCUCGAACAUGCUUGGCGAGCCUAACCUUGUGCUGCCGCUGUCGCGGUUUCGCGGCGGGGGAUUGUGGGUCGAGUGCGAAGGCGGGUCCAUGCUGAUAAAGCACAAAGGCCGGCAGAUCGGUGGGGAAGUUCUCCCUGUACACUCGCAGGCGGUCGUGUUCGACCCCCAUAAACUGCACUGCACGCGGCCCUGGCGGGGCCGAAGAGUUGUUCUUGUCGCUUUCUGUUUGCGAGGCACGGAGCGGCUCACUGACGAGCAGAAGGCCACCCUUGAAAAGCUUGGUUUUUCUUUGCCUGAUGGGAUACCUUCCGAAAGUCUGCCCGAAGCCCCCGCAAAUCGUCGCGACGAGUCUUUUCCUUUGCAUGCUGAGCAAGCUCUCGACGGUUGUCUUGGUGAGAGCAGGAAAUGCCUUGAGUCCAUUCGGGCAAAGUACGCCAUCGAUGACUUCGUACCAGUUGCUGCUCCUAGCGUGCUGGCUUCAACGCGGAAGCCUCUGGGUUCCCUUCGGGUUGAGCCCCCCCUCUUUCGUGCUGGCUCCCCCUCGGUUGAGCCUCCUUCUGCUGGCGCCCUGUUUCAGAAAGCCUCGCACUUCUCCGUGCCCCAGGGCUGCCCUUCCAUGAGUCAAAUCCCUUUGGACUGCAAGACCGUCGAUUUCCUCCUCAGCCUUCCUCCUGGCCGCUUUGUCUACUCCUCGUCGUUCCCGGACUUGGGAAGCGCUCUCAGGACGGGCCGGGGUUGGUUGGAUUUGUUUUCGGGGUCCAGGGGUGUAGCUAAAGCCUUAGCUCGUGCCGCGCCAUGUUGGAUCCUCUGCUACGACAUCGCUCACUCUGCGAGCGAGAACCUUCGGGAUCUCUCUGUGCAGAGAGAGAUUGUCUACCUGUUCGAGGCCGGGGCUUUUCUGGGUUUCUUCGCUUCUCCUGACUGUGGCAGCUUCUCGACGGCUGUUGUGCCUCCGGUGAGAUCGCGGGAGCAUCCUGAAGGAUCGCCCCAGCUGUCAGGAUGGAAGCGCGACAAGCUUCUGCAGGACAACGCGCAGCUGGAGUUUCUUGCUGACCUCGUCCGUAUCUGCAUCGACAACUCACUGCUUUACAUGUUGGAGAAUCCGCACAACAGCUGGAUCUGGAAGCAACCUUGUUGGAGCGGUUUGCGCUCCGAUGCGGGACCGUGGGAUUUCAGCUUUGAUAUGUGUGUGUUCGGGACUCCGUGGCGGAAAGCUACUCGGAUCCGCUCCAACGGACAGCUGCGGGGUAAAACUUUACGUUGCAGCGGGAAUCACAACCAUCGUGUGCUCCGGGGCAGGGAAUCUGUCUCAGGUGUCAGUUGGUGCAAGCUUGCUCAACCGUUUCCGAGGCGGCUCUCUGCACUGCUUGCAAACGCGAUGACGCAGGACGCUGCCCGCUGCUCUGAGAAUCGUCCUCUUGACAUCGUGCGGUGCGCCAAAUGCUGUGGUGCGAGGUUCGGCGAAGCGCGGAACCCGGGGCCUAGGCCUCGCCGCCCGCGGCCAGACUGUGUCCUUGCUCAGGUACCCUUGGUCGAGCCUGCCACCGCUGCUCUGCAGAAGAGCGUCUGGGAUUCUUUCGUGGUUUGGGUCUGGGAUGGUGCAGGCGAAGGCUCUUCUGAGACUUUGUCUGCCCAUCCUGAUCUCCUUGUCGAACUUCUCACUGCUUAUGGACAAGUGCUGUAUUCGGGGGGAAAGCCUCUACAACAUUACAGGCAGCUCCUCGCAGUGAGUCAAAGGCGAGUCCCAAAGUGCCGUGCUACAAUUCGCACUGCCUGGGAAAUGUUAUCACGUUGGGAGCGCUUGGAGCCUACUCAGCACCGACCUCCUCUUCCCGAGCCUCUGCUGGAAGCAAUGUGCAGCUUGGCGCUCGCUUGGUUCUGGCGAAGAUGGGCCGCUGUAGCCCUUUUGGGUUUCUACGGGUGUUGCAGGGUCGGGGAGGUUCUUAGGGCUAGGAGGUCUGAUCUCCUUUUGCCCUCAGACCUCCUUCGAUCUGAUGGUCGUAUUUUUCUGAAAAUCCGGGACCCAAAAUCCCGCGGCCGUGGACCGCGCGUCCAACACGCCACCGUCGUGCUGGGCCCGGAGUUCGUCGCUUUCUUUACGGAAGUGUUCGGUGAUCUCCCUCGCAACGCCCCUCUGUUUUAUGGCAGCCCAUAUGUUUUUCGGAAGCGCUGGGAUACUCUGCUUGGAGCUCUUGGCGUCGCCAGGUCCUUUAAGCUGACUCCGGGAUCUCUUCGAGGAGGUGGUGCGGUCGCCUUGUACCAGGCUGGAGUUACAGUUUCCGAACUUCAAUGGAAGAUGCGCUUGCAGCAUCAAACGACUCUUGGAUACUAUUUGCAGGAGGUUUCGGCGGUCUCGAUUUUUCCUGCCCUGCCGAAGCACGCACGUGAAGCAGUUACAGCUGCAAGGGCCGUGUUGGUGGAGUUUCUGCUGCCAGCUCGAAAUACGGGCUCGGCAGCUCUACCGACCAAAGCUCUUACGGAGGAAGAGCACGAAAACGAGGAGUUUCUGCUGCCAGCUCGAAAUACGGGCUCGGCAGCUCUACCGACCAAAGCUCUUACGGAGGAAGAGCACGAAAACGAGGUCUGA